UUCCUCCCCCUUCCCAUCCUCACCUCCCCGCUAUAGCAGCGAACUAGUCAGCCCAACGUGCAGAGUAGCUCAGCCUUGUAUAGCGGCUGGUACCACAGCGCUUUCAAGAGCAUCGCACUCCAUGUGCGUUGCGUGGAUGUUGAAAUUGCGCUGUGCAGCUUGUAACCGCGGCAAGAACUCAACAUGUCGAACCCUCCCAACGACCCGUUCUAUUCCUCCCCAUUCGGACCCUUCUACAGAAGGCACUCGCCCUACAUGGUCCAACCCGAGUAUAGGAUCUACGAGAUGAACAAACGACUACAAUCUCGUACAGAGGAGAGUGACAGUCUGUGGUGGGAUGCGUUUGCCACGGAGUUCUUUGAGGAGGACGCCACCCUGACCCUCUCCUUCUGCCUGGAGGAUGGACCAAAGAGAUACACUAUCGGACGAACACUCAUCCCGCGCUACUUCAGCACAGUGUUUGAGGGCGGAGUCACUGACCUGUACUACAUCCUCAAACACUCCAAGGAGUCUUUCCACAACUCCUGCAUCACUGUGGACUGUGAUCAGUGCACCAUGGUCACCCAGUAUGGGAAGCCAAUGUUUACAAAGGUAUGCACAGAGGGGCGACUGAUUCUUGAAUUUGCCUUUGACGACCUCAUGAGGAUCAAGACCUGGCACUUCACCAUCCGGCAAUACCGAGAACUCAUCCCCCGCAGCAUCCUGGCCAUGCACGCACAAGACCCCCAGGUUCUGGAACAGCUCUCCAAAAACAUCACCCGCAUGGGGCUGACCAACUUCACCCUCAACUACCUCAGGCUGUGUGUCAUCCUGGAGCCCAUGCAGGAGCUCAUGUCCAGGCACAAGACCUACAACCUCAGCCCUAGGGACUGUCUGAAGACAUGCCUGUUCCAGAAGUGGCAGAGAAUGGUGGCCCCGCCAGCUGGACAUCCACAGAAUUUCAAAACUGAAAUAUUCCCCACAAAUCACAAAAAAGGUCGUGCCAAAGCUGAGCCAACGAGACAGACGACGACGAAGAGGAGGAAAAGGAAGAACUCUGCCAGCAGUGCCAACAGCAGCGUGGGCAAUGCCAACAGUAAGAAGAGAAGCCCUGCCAGCAACUUCAGCCUUUCCAGUCAGGUACCUGACGUGAUGGUGGUUGGUGAGCCCACCCUGAUGGGCGGGGAGUUCGGGGACGAGGACGAGCGUCUGAUCACACGUCUGGAGAACACGCAGUACGACGCCACCAACGGAUUGGAUGGCGAGGAUGACUUCAACAGCUCGCCAGCGCUCGGCAACAACAGCCCGUGGGGCAGCAAGCCGCUCAACAACCAGGACAGCAAGGCCGAGAGCACAGCGCCGCAGUCGUCACAGUAGAACACACAGAGACCAAGGCCACCGAGAGCACAGUCAGUGCUCCAACCUUCAUAUGUCCGCUUAGCUGACAUUUAACUUCAAUGGUUGAAUGUUACUAUUUUGGACAUAUUCUAAUGAGACCAUGUUGCCCUCACAGUAAAACAAAGAGGGAAAAUAAUUAUUAAAAAACUGUACCUAUUUGGCACAUUAGGGCGGCGCCCUCUAAAACCUCAUAUUGUACUGAAUUGAACCCUGUUGGCAAUUCUUUUCACGUCGUGGUCAACGGUGUCACUGUCACUCAUCAUGAUCGAUCAUCUCCACCAAAUAUCAGAACAAUUGUUCUCCGACUUCACUGUAACAUCGAGGAGAGAGACAGAGAACUGACUAACAUUGCACAGCAAUAUCCAUACGAAUAACACUGCUUUUUCACCUAAAUACAUACUGGUUGUAUGCAUUGCAAUGAUGACGUAAACAAUACUGGGUUUUCUUUUUUCAAUUUUUCCUAGAAUUCCUCUGUUUGGAUUUGGUGGGAAUUCACAGUGUUAGGAGAGUUGGGAUAGCUCUGGGAAUGACACAAUGCAGGUGUUCAUAAGAAUUGUCCUUCAUGGACACCUUCUCAGUCCUUGAGCUUUAACUGUAGUGCGAUUCUGUGGUUGUUGCCCUUUUGACCUUUGAUUUGCAGGUUGCAACACCUCUGGGACAGUUGACAGGGGAAGUCAAAACAAAACAUCAAAAACAAAAUGGCUCCUUUAAGGACAUCAGCCUCAAUCAGAACUAACCGGCAAGGUUUAUACUCAGCCCAUAUAGAGCCACCAAACUGCAUCCGCGAUGGCUGAGACGUCGCCAUCUUGAGCUUUUGCCUUUUUAUUGGAAAUUCAUUUGGCUGUUGGUUUGUUUACAUUGUUGUUUUUUGUUGGAUUUUCAAUGAAAAGGAAAGUGACUCUGUUUCACCUUUAAGGACAGCUUCAAAUGGGGAGACACGUGUUCCAUGAUUGCUUUUCCAGAAUUACUGCAUCAGCACCAAUUGUUAUUUCAUGCAAACCUGUUUGAUUGUGUUUGUAGUCUAUUGGUGUUCUUUUGCUUCUCCCCAAAAUACUUUACAAUCAUGUUUGUACUUUGCCAAUCAGUAGGCCUUUCACAUUUGGAAUUUGUUCUUUCCCUUUAAUGACCUACUCCCAAACUGAUGUUUAAAGAUUUUUCCUGCAUGAUUUAAUUUUGUUUGUUUGAUAUACAGUACCAGUCAAACGUUUGGACACACCUACUCAUUCAAGGGUUUUUCUUUAUUUUUUACUAUUUCUACAUUGUAUAGUGAAUAUAUCAAAACUAUGAAAUAACACAUAUGGAAUCAUGUAGUAACCAAAAAGUGUUAAACAAAUCAAAAUAUAUUUUAUAUUUGAGAUUCUUCAAAGUAGCCCCCCUUUGCCUUGAUGACAGCUUUGCACAGUCUUGAUAUUCUCUCAACCAGCUUCAUGAGAUAGUCACCUGGAAUGCAUUUCAAUUAACAGGUGUGCCUUGUUAAAAGUUUUUAAAAAAUGAAUUUCUUUCCUUCGUAAUGCGUUUGAGCAAAUCAGUUGUGUUGUGACAAGGUAAGGGUGGUAGACAGAAGAUAGCCAUACUUGGUAAAAGACCGAAUACAUAUUAUGGGAUGAACAGCUCAAAUAAGCAAAGAGAAAUGACAGGCCAUUAUUGCUUUAAGACAUGAAGGUCAGUCAAUACGGACAAUUUCAAGAACUUUGAAAGUUUCUUCAAGUGCAGUCACAAAAACAAUCAAGCACUAUGAUGAAACUGGCUCUCAUGAUGACCGCCACAGGAAAGGAAGACCCAGAGUUACCUCUGCUGCAGAGGGUAAGUUCAUUAGCGUUACCAGCCUCAGAAAUUGCUGGCCAAAUAAAUGCUUCACAGAGCUCAAGUAACAGACACAUCUCAAAAUCAACUGUUCAGAGGAGGCUGCGUGAAUCAGGCCAUGGUCGAAUUGCUGCAAAGAACCCACUACUAAAGGACACCAAUAAGAAGAAGAGACUUGCUUGGGCAAAGAAACACGAGUAAUGGACAUUGGACCAGUCGAAAUCUGUCCUUUGGUCUGAUGAGUCCAAAUUUUUGAUUUUAGGUUCCAACCGCUGUGUCUUUGUGAGACGCAGAUUAGAACGGAUGGCUAUUUGACCAAGAAGGAGAGUGAUGGAGAGCGGCGUCAGAUGACCUGGCUUCCACAAUCACCCCACCUCAACCCAAUUGAGAUGGUUUGGGAUGAGUUGGACCACAGAGUAAAUGAAAAGCAGCCAACAAGUGCUCAGAAUAUGUGGGAACUCCUUCAAGACUGUUGGAAAAGCGUUCCAGGUGAAGCUGGUUGAGAGAAUACCAAGAGUGUGCAAAGCCGUCAAGGCAAAGGGUUGGCUAUUUGAAAAAUGUAAAAUCUAUUUUGAUUUUUUUAACACUUUUUUCGUUACUACAUGAUUCCAUAUGUGUUAUUUAAUAGUUUUGACGUCUUCGCUAUUAUUCUACAAUGUAGAAAAUAGUAAAAAUAAAGAUAAUCCUUGAAUGAGUAGGUGUGUUCAAACUUUUGACUGGUACUGUACUGUACUGUACAAUACAGGGAGGCAGGUAGCCUAUUGGUUAGAGCGUUGGGCCAGUAAUCGAAAGGUUUCUGAAUCGAAUCCUGGAGCUGACAAGUUAAAAAUUGGUUGUUCUGCCCCUGAACAAGGCAGUUAACCCACUGUUCCCUGGUAGGCCGUCAUUGUAAAUAAGAAUUUGUUCUUAACUGACUUGCCUAGUUCAAUAAAGGAUAAAUAAAUAAAUACAGUAUAUUAUGUACCUUUUUGUGACACAGCCAUUUUAUUCAUCAGUGUGGGAACACUGUUACAAGGUUUCUAGCUCUGUAACAUAGAGAAUGAUAGAGACCGUUUUACCAGGAGCAACGCCAUUGAGGCUUUCCAGCUUCCAUCAUUUUAAAGUAGUCAAAGUAGUCAACUAGGUAGGGAUUUCUAUGGGUUGUAGCCUCAAUGGGUUGCUCAUGCUGUCACAGAUUCUAUAAUGUCACAGAUAUAAGGAUGAGUCCUCUAACUAGCUCUGUACUCUGUAAAUUGAAGUGUGAACUACAAUUUUAUCCAUUUAAGAUUAGCCACCAUUCUCAAACCAUUUUGUACUAUACAUGGCAGCUGUUUCGACAAGCUUUUUUAUUUUAUGAGUUUCAAAUUUCUAUAGGGCAUUUUGGAUUCUGGUUGUCUGUCUGUCUGUCCGACCGAUUUCUGCUGCUAUAAGCAGCACAUUUAUUGUUUUGUUUAUAUUCAGUCAUUUAAUUAAGGCAGAAAUUAUAUCUUAAACAACAUUUUAGUCUCAUUGGAGUGAUAUUAAAGAUAUACUGAACAAAAAUAUAACAACAGCAUGUGAAGUGUUGUUCCCAUGUUUCAGAAAUUUUCCAUAUGCACAAAAAGCUUAUUUCUCUCCAAUUUUGUCCACAAAUUUGUUUACAACCUUAUUAGUGAGCAUUUCUCCUUUGCAAAGAUAAUACAUCCACCUGACAGGUGUGGCAUUUCAAGAAGCUGAUUAAACAGCAUGAUCAUUACACAGGUGCACCUUGUGUUGGAGAAAAUGAAGGCCACAAAAAUGUGUCACACAACCCAAUGCCACAGAUGUCUCAGGUUUUGAGGGAGUGUGCAAUUGGCAUGCUGACUGCAGGAAUGUCCACCAGAGCUGUUGCCAGAGAAUUGAAUGUUCAUUUCCGAACGUCCAACCGUCCUCACAACCGCAGACCACGUGUAACCACGCCAGCCCAGGACCUUCACAUUCGGCUUCUUCACCUGCGGGAUCAUCUGAGACCAGCCACCCAGACAGCUGAUGAAACUGAGGAGUAUUUCUGUCUGUAAUAAAGCCCUUUUUGGGGGGAAAACUCAUUCGGAUUGGAUGGACCUGGCUCCCCAGUGGGUGGGCCUAUGCCUCCCAGGCCCACGCAUGGCUGUGCCCCUGCCUAGUCAUGUGAAAUCUAUAGAUUAGGGUCUAAUUAAUUUAUUUCAAAAAUACUGAUUUACUUAUAUGAUCUGUAACUUAGUAAAAUCGUUGAAAUGGUUGCAUGUUGCAUAGAUUUUUUCGUUCAGUAUACAUCAUUUGCAAAUUAUUGAGCAAAAACCAGCAUACUCAAGGCCCUACAGAAAUGCAGUUUUAAAACCCCUGCUUUAGUGUUACCAGUUGUUCUUUGACUAUGAUUCCCCCCUGAUCUCCUCUAGUCUACUCUUCUGUUAGAUUUUGUUUCUUAAAGGCAAGAAGACAAUGUUUGAAUCUUUUGUGUAUUUAUUUGUGCAUUUGUAAGGAAGCUAACACAUUUCGGGAAUAGGUUUGAACCUGGUAUUAUUAGAACUCUGCACAAUUUGUACAUUAUAUCGCAGAGAUGUUUUGUGUCAUAUCUGAUGUCUGGUAUGUAUGCUUUGCCAUUAUGUGUGCCAAUAAACCGUGCUUAAAGAUU